UGAAAGUAUCUUACCUAGCUUGUCUGAUCAAGCAGCUUUAUGGGAAUAUUUGGAAAGUAUCGAUUGUUUUAGUGUUGGAACUCUACCAUAUCGACUAUCGCAAUCAUUUGGAUUUGAUGUUCCAGCAAGUACUGGUAUAGAAGAAACAUUACCUUUAUUAUUAAAUGCCGUUAACGAUGGAAAAUUGACAUUAGAUGAUAUUAAAACGCGUCUUUACACUAAUCCUCAAAGCAUUUUCAAUAUACCGGAGCAACCAGAUACCUCUGUAGAAGUAGAAAUUGAUCGAAAGGUAUUAAUGGCGCAAAAAGAAGGUGGUUGGUCACCAUUUAUCGGAAAGACAUUAUCGGGUGCAGUGAGUCGCGUAGUUUUAAGAAGGGACACUGUUUAUCUCGAUGGUGGUUCAUACUCUACUGGUACCUGUGGCAAUGACAUUUCAAAUUUGAUUCAUGUUAUUGCGAAAACUCCAGCUAUUAAAGAAUCAUUCGCAAAGUUUGGUCUUAAAUCAAUGGCUUCUGAUUUGUUUUCUCUUGAUUUGCCACAUGCGGUCUUACCGACAAGCAUUACAUCAAAUAUAAAUCAAACACGUUUCUUCCGACAACAUAUUCUCACUGCUAAAGAUUUCUCACGUAAUGAUCUUCACUUGUUGUUUGGUGUGGCUCACGAAAUGCGUACUCUAGUUGAACGUUAUGGAUCAGUAAAUUUACUUCAGGGUCGUGUUAUGUUUACACUUUUUUUUGAACCAUCUACAAGAACAUCAGCUUCUUUUGAAGCGGCAAUGAAUAGAUUAGGUGGUCGAGUGGUUGCUAUCAAGACAGAUUCGUCUUCAGUUACAAAGGGCGAAUCGUUAGCAGAUACUAUACGGACGGUGGGAUCAUAUGGGGACAUUAUUAUUUUGAGGCAUCCGGAACCCGGCAGUACUAAAACUGCAGCAAGAUAUUCGCCUGUUCCGAUUAUAAACGCAGGAGAUGGCAUUGGAGAACAUCCUACCCAGGCUUUUCUCGACGUGUACACUAUUCGAGAAGAACUUGGAACUGUUAACGGGUUAACUGUUACGUUAGUUGGUGAUUUAAAAAAUGGUCGAACGGUCCAUAGUCUAGUUAGAGUAUUAUCUCAAUACCAAGUUGCCCUUAAUUAUGUUAGUCCCACGUCAUUACGUAUUCCUGACGAAAUCAAAACGGAAGUUCGCAAAAGAGGAAUAAGACAAAAAGAAUAUACAGACUUAGAAAGUGUACUUGCAGAGACUGAUGUACUUUAUGUGACACGAAUUCAACGUGAGCGAUUUACAGAUCCAAUCGAAUAUGAACGGGUUAAGGAUUCCUAUACAAUAAAUAACGCUACAUUGAGUCGUUCUAAACCAAACAUGAUUGUAAUGCAUCCGCUUCCACGAGUGAAUGAAAUUGACCCAGAGGUAGACUUUGACGAUCGUGCUGUUUACUUCCGACAGAUGAAGUAUGGAAUGUUUGUAAGGAUGGCAUUAUUAGCAAUG